GCAGAACCUGCUAAAAUAUUAAGAAAAGCAAACAAGUCUGACCCUUAAAGAUCUCUGAAGAUGAGUUACCCAGGCUACCCCCCACAAUCUGGCGGAUACCCACCUCAAGCAGGCGGCUAUCCACCCCAAGCAGGAGGCUACCCACCCCAGGCAGGAGGCUACCCACCCCAGGCAGGAGGCUACCCACCCCAAGCAGGAGGCUACCCACCCCAAGCAGGAGGCUACCCACCCCAAGCAGGCGGCUACCCACCGGCGGCUGGUGGCUACCCUCCGGCAGCAGGAGGCUACCCUUCGGCAGGAGGUUACCCCCCGCAGGCAGGAGGAUACCCUCCCGCUGCAGGUGGUUACCCUCCAGCAGCAGGGGGCUUCCCACCCCAAGCAGGCGGCUACCCUGCGCCAUCAGGAGGCUUCCCUCCCCAAGCAGGAGGAUUCCCUCAGCCUGGUGCUGGAGGCUAUCCCUCCAUGCCCCCAGCAGGUGGAGGCUGGGGUGCAGCACCAGGUGGCUCUGGCAUGCCAGGAGGACCUCAGCAGGGAUAUCCAGGGGGCCCUCCCCCAGGCAAGCCCAUGCCAGGUUAUCCUGGGCCCUCACCAGGUGGAGUUCCAGCCAACCCUCAGGCACCAGCCAUUCCUAAAGGAUACAGGGGCUCCAUCAAAGAUUUUCCAGGCGCUGACCCACUGAGGGAUGUGGAGGUACUCAGAAAGGCGAUGAAGGGUUUUGGAACUGAUGAAAAAGCAAUCAUUGAACUUUUGGGAAAUCGUACCAACAAGCAGAGGGUUCCGCUGGUAGCAGCCUACAAAACCACCUACGGGAAGGAUUUAUUCCGUGAUCUGAAGUCUGAGCUCACUGGAAACUUUGAGGACUUGGUUGUUGCCAUGCUUAAGACUCCCACUCAGUUUGAUGCAUCUGAACUCAGAGAAGCUAUAAAGGGUGCAGGAACUGAUGAAGCUUGUUUGAUUGAGAUUUUGUCCUCACGUUCCAAUGCGGAAAUUAUUGAGAUCAACAAAGUCUACAAAGCUGAAUAUGGAAAGACCCUGGAGGACUCCAUCAGCAGCGACACCUCUGGUCACUUCCGUAGACUCCUGGUUUCUCUUUGUCAGGGAAACCGCGACGAACGCGAGACCGUUGACAUUUCUUUAGCCAAGCAGGACGCUCAGAAACUGUACGCGGCUGGGGAAAAUAAAGUGGGAACUGAUGAGUCCCAGUUUAAUGCCAUCCUGUGCGCCCGCAGCAAGCCGCACCUGCGGGCAGUUUUUCAUGAAUACCAGCAGAUGUGUGGGAAGGAAAUUGAGAAAAGUAUCUGCAGAGAAACAUCUGGAAAUCUGGAGGACGGCAUGGUGGCUGUUGUGAAAUGCAUCAAGAACACACCAGCCUACUUUGCUGAAAGGCUCCGCAAGGCCAUGAAGGGCGCAGGGACCAAGGACAGAACCCUGAUCCGCGUGAUGGUAUCCCGCUCUGAGGUGGACAUGCUAGACAUCCGGCAGGAAUACCUGAAGGCAUACGGAAAGUCGCUGUACACCGACAUCUCUGGUGACACAUCUGGAGAUUACAAGAAUCUGCUGCUGAAGCUGUGCGGUAGUAGUGACUAGACCGGAGCUGCAACUGUUGUCGUCAGGACAUUGUAUAUGUCCAGACACACACAAAAAAAGUAAAACUAGGAGGGUUUAACACAACAUAUGAAGCAUGCAACUAAUUUUAGUGGCACCUAAUCAUUGAAAAUGAGAUAUAUUAAAAGAUGCAUUUAAUGCUUGUCAAGUAAUCCUGUAUGUGCCUAAACAUUUUAUUAUUUCAAAAAUUACCAUAUUACUGUUCUAACUACAUCGUACUUUAGUAGUUGAGAGGUUACAAAAAAUUCAAGGUAAUGUUAUAACUUUAAAUCCUUGAUUUAGAUUAGUUUCCGUUGCUAAUAAAGAAAACUUUAUUUGAAAAAACAGAAAUUUUGUUUAAAAAUGUAUGGAACUUUUAUUCCUAUAUUACAGAUAUAGUUAAAGUCACUGCAUUUGUCUAUGUUUUCAUCCAUCCAUCUUCAAAUCCUGCAUCCUGUGUACAAUCACAGGGUCAUGGGGUCACUUACCUCAACUUCUCCAAGGGGAAGGAAAGGGCCAAUCUAAGGCCCAUUCUGUUAAGGCGCACUAUAAUUAUAUUUCAGGUCAAUCAGACAUUUAAAACCCCCUUUUUUUCUUUCAAUUAAAACGUUAAUAAAUGCACAUUUAUUUGCACUUGUAAUUCUAUGCAUUAAUGCCAAUACUACGUUUUGCCUUUUGCUCAGUGCAGAGAAGCCAAAGUCUAAACACAGUUCAUUAUGAUGCCUCAAAACAGCAGAUGCAGCUGCAUAUUUUAUACUUUUUUUCUUUUCUUGCAAAAAACAAUCUGUAGUGGUUUUGAAAUUUCUAUCAUAACUAUUUUUGUUCAUAUGAUGUUGCUGUCUGUUCUGUCCUUUGCUGGUCUGCUGUUCUGCCAGUAGAGGGCUCUUGGUUCACAUCAAACGUCAGUCUGUACUGACUGUGCUGCAAUUUGACAUCCACUUUAAACUAAGUUUAAAUUCUACUUUUACCUUCAAUAAAAGUCACUUUGUUGUGUUUGA